AUGUUCACACCUGGUUUCUUCUUCACGCUAUCUGAGAAGGUUGAUUACAUUCAGCUAAUGACAUACGACUACGCCUCGAAAGACAUGCUUGGCGUUGCUCCUUACGACUGGGUGGAUCGUUCGGUUGCAACUAUUCUGAACAAGAUGCCAGAUAUAGCUGGCCAGUUGAUGGUGGGCUUGAACCAUUACGGAUACGAAUACACUGGCAAAAAUAUGCAAGCAGUGAACUUUCAACAAUACGUUGAAAUCUUAAAAAAGAAGGACAGUAAAGUGGAAUGGGACUCAAAGUCGAAAGAGCACUUUAUCGCCACUGGGUUAGUUAUUUUGGAUAUUUAUACUGAAUAUUAUUUUACCCACCUCAGCUAUGGUUAA